CAUAAUUCCGUUUUACAAACAGGAAGUGCUUCGAUAACCGAAUUCGCUUAAACAUGUCUUUCAAAAGAGAAGGUGAUGACCGCAGUCAGUUAAAUGUCUUGAAGAAACGGCGUGUUGCGGACUUGCUGUCCAACUACAUUCCUGAGGACGAAGCUACUCUGAUGAAAAAUGGAAGGUAUAGCUGUUUGGUGUGUUCACGUCGUCCGGUUUUUGACACAGUCGAUAUGCUGACACUACACAGAAAUGGGAAGCGGCAUCUCGAAGGUCUAAAAUGGUUUUAUGGGAAAAAAGCUUGGCUACAAAAUGAAAUUGAUAAGAGGCAACAUCAAGAAUAUGUUAAGGAAGAAGAUGACCAGCAGGAAACUGGCAGUUCCGCUCCAUUACUGACACAGACACGAAAAAUUACCCACCAUGCCUUGCUAAGAUCUACACCUUAUAACAGCUGUCAUAAAAAGGCCAGUGAAAGAUCUGAAAAGCCAACAACUCGAUUGAACCCAGACUGCAGCAGUGACCACAGUGUUGAUCACAACAUUAUUCCCAUAGCUACAACCAAAAUCAGCACAGAUACCACACCUUCUCAUGAUGCAAGCCAGUACCACACUGAGACACAAAUGAAGAAAAAGAAAAGGAAAGCUGCUGAAUCUGAGCCUCUCACAGAGCAGAGACGCAGAGAACUAGAACACUACCUCAAAUUAAAGAGCAACGGAUGGAUACAGGACCCCAGUGGUAAAUGGAUAAAAGAUGAAAAUGUGGAGUUUGACUCAGAUGAGGAAGAACCGCUUCCACUGAUUCCUACGCCUGAGUCUUCAUAGGAGUUUUAGCCAAACUUGCUUUCUGGACUUCUUCCCACUUCCUCAAAAAGAUUUCUUUUUUGUGUUAAAGCUACAAACUCAAAUUAUGCAGAAAAGAAAAAGAGGGACCGCAGAAGGAACUGCUGACAAGUGAGGAAGCUAGUUUCUCCCACAAACCCGAGUUACUUUCUCAACAUAUCAACCUUGUGUCUUGGCAUCUUGCUAAAAAGACUGUCGUACCAAAUCGGUUACUUUAUAUUAAAAGAGAAAACACUGAUUCUAAUGGAAAGCAUGAAUUGACAUAUUUUUCUUUAUUUGUAUUUCUCAUUAUUAGUACUUAGAUGUGUACCAUGAAAGAGGUCACAGAUGCAGGACAGUAUCGUAUGUGAAAUUAGAGCUCUUAAGUCACAAAACUGGAUCCUGUUCCAAAAUGCCAGAGUAGGGAGUGUAUAGUGUAGUGCUAGUGCUGCCCUCUAAUUCUGAUCAUGACAGUCUGUCUGAGGUAAUGAGAAAUAAAAAUCUAAAUACAAA